AUGGCGGAAGCUGGCAGUUCGCAAGAGCAAGAGUUCUCCGAGUUGCUGGGAUUUCUGCAAGAUCAGAAACCAGAAGUGCGGCGCUUUGCUGCGGAAGGUGUUCUUGGCCAGACAGAGGACACUGACUUUCUGGAUUUCUGCCGUCGCAAUCCACGCAGCGCUGCGCGGCCCCUCUUGCGUUUGGCAGAGAAGGCUGAAGCUGAGGCAGCAGAGGCCAAUGAAAAGGCUAGCUCACAGGCUGAUAAAUCUGACAAGGCAGCCGCCAUUCAAGCCGCAAGCAGCACGGCUGCCUGUGUCUCUGCUCUGAAGGCAUUGGUGAAUCUUUCCACUAUUCCUUCCGUUCAGGAAGAGCUUGUCUCCUUGAAUGCGCCUAAGCGUGUGACUGAAGCGCUGCGAUCGGGCUGGCUGGAGGGUCGAGCAACGAUGGCUCACUGGUAUGCCAUGCUACUGGCCAAUGUUUCCACAAGUGCCAAAGGCCAGGAGGCAGUCUGUGGUGAUGAAGGCAUGCUGAAAUUUUUGGUUGCAGCCUACGUCACGAAGCCACGUCCACCCCCGAGGGAUGGCUAUGAAGACCCACUGCUGUGGCUGGGGAGUUUGGUGGUAAACGCACUGGUCCUGCCAGAGGGUCGCAAGUUGUUUGCAAUCGGCGAGAACAACGCGCUGACAACAAUCUUCGGUGAGCUUGCAGAUCGUGGCCGAAGACAGGACAUGAUCAACGCAGUGAAAAACAUUUGCUUGGACUCGGAUACCCAGAUAUUGUGGAUGUUUCAGUUUCCGCGUUUUUGCUACUCAGAAUGCCACGAGACCAUCAUGACGACAGAUCUCAUUGCCCAGAUGGCAAGGUUCCUAUGCCCCUGGGAGAACAUGAAUGCGGAAGCGAAGUCCCUGCUUCCUGGAGCGAUGAAGGAUUCACUGGAGCAAGGCGGUGCUUCACUCACAGGUGAUGUUGCUGUUCGUGCAGCCGCUGCUGUGAGUUUGAUGGGGCUGUGUCGCUCGCUUGCUGGUCGAGACUAUCUCCGUGCAAGUGGAAUCGAGCAGGUCUUGCGAGCCUGGCAGGCUGAGGAGACCGACGGCACCAUCAAGGAGCAGCUCGACGUUGUGCUACCUGCGUUGGUGCUGUCUGAAGAUGAGCUUAAGGCUGAACAGGAUAAGCUGGCAAUGCAGGAGAGUAAGCUGAGUUCCCCAGCUGAGGAUCCUUGA